CACACAUUACAAACAUACAUAGUGCAGUAGACUUACAGACAGACAGUAUUCACAUAGACAACCAUUUAGCACAAUACAACACAACACAAUAUGAGCCUGGUUCAUUUUCAGUAAUGAGGCCCUGUACCCCCAUUUACAGUUUAUACUUCUAUGUAUCAGGUGGAGUUAUUCACCAGCUAUAGAGUGAGUUGUUGUUUAUGUUUCUAAGACUGCAGAGUGGGAGAUGCAACAAUGGCCUUGAGAACAGCAGGAAGUGUGUUGGUGGUCCUUCUCUGGUCUGUGACAGUGGUACUGGGUCAGGAUGGCUGGAGUGUUACAUACACCACUCAGAGUAUCUGUACCUUGAAGGGGUCAACAGUGGAGCUGACCUGUUCUUAUACAUAUCCCAGAGGUAAAGUCACAACAACCUUCUGGUUCACUAAAAUGGAGGCUGGUAUAGAACCUGAAGAUCUAGGUCAGGACCCAGAGUAUGCAGGUCGUCUGGAGUAUCAUGGGGUUAAGAAGAAAGACUGUACCCUGAGAAUCACAGACCUGAGAGAGAGAGACUCAGCUACAUACAGGUUCAGAUUAUUAACAGAUCAAGAAGGAGGGAAAUAUUCUGGAAGUCCUGGAGUCACUCUGUCUGUCACAGGUCUUCAGGUGAAGGUGACUGGUGGACAUCAGGAUAAGACACUGACCUGUAGCACCACCUGUACUCUGACUGACAACCCCACCUACAUCUGGUACAAGAACGGACAACAUCGAGAUGAGAGCACCUCCCCCCAGUACAAAUACUCAGUCUCCAAUGACUAUGAUGCCAGUUAUUCCUGUGCUGUAAAAGGCCAUGAGGACCUUCACUCUCCUGCAGUGUGUGUUCAGGGUCAGAGCUGCAGCAGAGUGAAUUACACCAAGAGGAGAAUCUGUGUCUUGAAGGGGUCAACAGUGGACAUAUCCUGUACUUAUGUUGGUUAUGAUUACAUCACAUCAACAUUCUGGUUUAGAAGUGAUAAGUCGACCCCUGAAGACCUAACCACUGACCCAGGGUAUGCAGGUCGUGUGGAGUACACUGGAACAUACAGAGGUCCCUUCACCCUGAGAAUCACAGAUCUGAGAGAGGAGGACUCAGCUGAGUAUCGCUUCACUUUUAAAACAUACAGCAUUGAAUGGGGUCAUAGUUUCCCAGGAACAACUCUGACUGUCACAGACCUGCAGGUGAAGGUGACUCCUGGCACAGUGACAGAAGGAUCAUGGGUUAUACUGACGUGUAGCACCACCUGUACUCUGACUGACAACCCCAACCCCACCUACAUCUGGUACAAGAAUGGAGAAGAGCUAUUUUCUGACUCCUCUCCCGAGUAUCAAUACUCAGUCAGUAGAGGAGGUUCUGACAACUACUCCUGUGCCUUAAGAGGCCAUGACAAACUUAGCUCUCCUGAAGUCACAGUGGAUACUUCUUCUCUGAACUGCUUGAGUGUGACCUACACCAGUAUAAGCAUCUGUUCCUUGAUACCAUCCGUGGACCUGCCUUGCACUGCCAUAUAUCCCACAGACCUGCAGGUGAAGGUGACUCCUGACACAAAGGCAGGGAAGAGGACACUGACCUGUAGCACCACCUGUACUCUGACUGACAACCCCACCUACAUCUGGGACAGGAACGGACAGUGUCUUGCUUGGCUCACUUCCCAACAACACUCUGUCUGGAGUUCUGAAACAGAGAGUUACUCCUGUGCUGUUAAAGGCCAUGAGGAUCUCCGCUCUCCUGCAGUGUGUGUUCAGGGUCACAACUGCUGGAGGGUGACUUACACCAAGAGGAGAAUCUGUGUCUUGAAGGGCUCCACAGUGGACAUAUCCUGCUCUUACACUCAUCCCACUAGUUAUAUAGAACAAGGUUCAUUCUGGUUUACACAGAAAGACCCUGUAGAUGUCAGGUCAUAUCCAGAGUAUGCAGGUCGUGUGGAGUACAAUAGAGAGAACCACCACACCAUGACAAUAACACACCUGACAGAGAAGGACUCGGCUGAAUACAAAUUCAGAUUAAUAACAACAGAUGAGGGGAGAUUUUCUGUCCUUCCUGGUGUGAUGUUGACUGUCACAGAUAUCCUGUUGGAGAUGGAUCCUACGUCUGUGUCAGAGGGGGAGAGAGUCACACUGAGAUGUAGAACCCAAUGUACAGUCGGUCUCAACCCCAACUACAUCUGGUACAAGAACGGACAAAGUCUGACCAACCCAAUCACCAGUUAUAACAGCCUGAUCCUAGACCCAGUCACCAGUUAUAACAGCCUGAUCCUAGACCCAGUCAGCAGUGAGGAUGCAGGGAACUACUCCUGUGCUGUAGAAGGCUUAGAGAGAAUCCUCUCUCCAGAAGAGACUCUCACUGUCAGAUAUGGCCCAAAGAACACCUCAGUUUCAGUCAGUCCCUCUGGUGAAAUAGUGGAGGGCAGUUCAGUGACUCUGACCUGCAGCAGUGAUGCCAACCCACCUGUGCAGAGUUACACCUGGUACAAGAAGAACGUAACCUCACCAAAAGCAUCAGGACAGAGUUACAGCAUCACUAACAUCAUCUCUGAGGACAGAGGAGAAUAUUACUGUGAGACUGGGAAUAAAUAUGGACGUCUCAACUCUUCUUCUGUGUCUGUGGACGUUCAGUACGGCCCAAACUUAGCCUCACCAAAAGCAUCAGGACAGAGUUACAGCAUCACUAACAUCAUCUCUGAGGACAGAGGAGAAUAUUACUGUGAGGCCCAGAAUAGAAGAGGAUCUAUGAACUCUACAGCUCUGAUGAUCAUUGUAGCAGGGAAACAAAUAUCAGUUCUGACUGCAGCUGUAGGAAUCAUUGUUGUUGUUCUGGUUCUCAUCCUCUGUCUCUCUGGACUCAUGUGGUUCAGGAAGAAGAACUCCACAUCCACCUCCAACACAAGAGACACAGCAGAUGAUGGACAGGGAGACACUAGUCCAGUGUAUGACAAUGUCUCAAACAUGGCCAUGACCCCUACUGCAGCACAGACAGAGUCCACAUACGACCAGGAUGAUGUUCACUACGCCAGCGUCCACUUCUCUCACUCCAAAAACCAGGAAGUGCCUCUGUACUCCACCGUCCAGCUGCAUCAACCACAGAAACAGGACCAAGAUGACCAAUACGCUGCUGUGAAAUUCAACCUCCCCUGUUCUGCCACCCAACCAGCAGCAGCACAAGCAGCUGAGGUGGAUGCCUCUGAGAUCUACAGUACAGUCAACAAACCCAGAACCAAGAAGACUUGAACAUAACAAACCCAGAACCAAGAAGACCUGAACACAAAGGCCCAGAACCACAAACCCAGAACCAGGAAGAACUGAACACAACAAUCCCAGAACCAAGAAGACCUGAACACAACAAACCCAGAACCAAGAAUACCUGAACACAACAAACCCAGAACCAAGAAGACCUGAACACAAAGGCCCAGAACCACAAACCCAGAACCAGGAAGAACUGAACACAACAAAACCAGAACCAAGAAGACCUGAACACAACAAACCCAGAACCAAGAAGACAUGAACACAAAGGCCCAGAACCACAAACCCAGAACCAGGAAGAACUGAACACAACAAAACCAGAACCAAUAAGACCUGAACACAACAAACCCAGAAACAAGAAGACCUGAACACAACAAACCCAGAACCAAGAAGACAUGAACACAAAGGCCCAGAACCACAAACCCAGAACCAGGAAGAACUGAACACAACAAAACCAGAACCAAGAAGACCUGAACACAACAAACCCAGAAACAAGAAGACAUGAACACAACAA